UGCGCGCGAGACAUUCGCAUAGACAGAACGAGGCGAGGAAGGAGGCGAGGAAUGCACCCAGGGAAAGUUUUGGUGGAGUGGCUCUCUAGCGGCUUAGCCUGACGUUUGAUCCUCGCAGGGUCCCGCGUGUGACCCGGCCACCCCACGCGCCCCACGCCUCGGUCCCUGCUCGUCUCGACAACACGGCGAAUGACCUCAAGCCGCUUCCGCACACUCUUCAGUCAACCUGCUGCCGGCUCUGCACUCUCUUCGCGCCUGCACAGGAGCUUGCACUCGUUCCUUCCCGUCCGACUUGACUCUGAGGCUCUCCGAAUACCUCGAAAACGCCCGUCGGAACUAGCAAUUCUCUCCGGGUUCUCUCUUGUUCUCUCCCGCUGUUACACGAAGAUUACUGAAGCUUCUCUCUUGGUGCCAGCAAAAGCUCAACAGCGACAGAAGGCCAACCGUAAAAUCCCUACUCGUAUGCGAAGAUGGCGAACGACCGCCCCGAACCGUCGAAACCCCGUGCGGUGCGUUCGACAUCGAGAGACUCUCGUCAAAGCUCUGCAGCAGGUUCCGCUUCUAUUCCCCGCGCACACUCGACAGCACGGCUGGGCUCUCCGGUGCCUUCUGUCCAAGGAGGCUCCCCAGCCGUACGGCAGAUACCUACGCCAGGCCAGCUGGCGUCUGAAGAGCCAUCGACAUCACAGACGCCGCUUCCAGGUCGCGCGGAUCCGCAGUCUUCACUACCCGGCCCGGGCGAGUCAGCUUUGUCAUCAGCGUUGAGAGAGUCUUUUGGGAGAAGCCCGCCUCGAUUCGGGACGCCUCCUGUACGAGCAUUGUCUCCCGCGCCCGACGCCCCUUCCGGCCGCGGUCCGCCGAGCAAUUAUGGCUCCUUCGAUGCGCGAAGAAGCUCCCCCGCCGUUCCUUACGAAGACCCCGAGGUCGUUCGUCGCCAUUUGGCUGGCCCACAGAAACCGUCGUACUCGAACCUGUCUACCCAGUAUGGCUCGCCAAGCAGAUCCCAGCGCGGCAUCAUAGAAGAGGCGGAGGAGUACCCUCGCGGGAGGUCUGGGUCAUCGAGCUCGGAAGAGGACUUCUCCAGCUUGCAGUUGCAGGGUGGAGAUAUUACACGCCAGAUAUACAGGUGGACCGAACAGCAGGAAGCAGAGGAGCGCCAGAAGACGAAACGGAGCAAGAGCUUCUCGUCCUCCCGCCCUCGGCCGGACGACCAUGCGCUGGAUAUCGAAAGGAUAAAACAGCCGGGAGGCUUCCGACGAAACUUCAUACGCAGAGCCGCCGGCAGUCCAUCUCCCGCCCCCGGCCCCUCCACUUAUGGCACCGUGAACCAGCCACGAUCGCAGCCUACUGUCUUCACGAACAACUUCCUAGAAUUCCUGACACUAUAUGGCCACUUCGCCGGUGAAUCACUCGAAGAGGACGACGAGGACCUUGGUCCAGACGAGUACUUUUCUUCGGAUGCACUAGACUCUGGCGAACACACUGACGAAGAGGGACACGAAUAUGGCGAGUCUAGCGCUCUGUUAACUCCCGGCAAGCGGAGGAAGCGGAAAGCGAAGCUGGCAGGCAAAGGCAGCCCCACGGGUGCUGCACUGCUGCUACUCAAGUCAUUCGUCGGCACCGGCGUCCUCUUCCUGCCUCGCGCCUUUCUCAACGGCGGCAUGCUCUUCUCGAACCUCGUCCUUCUGGGCGUAGCCGGUCUAUCUUACUUUUGCUUCGUUCUGCUUGUUACCACUCGACUCAAGGUCGAGCACUCUUUUGGCGAUAUGGGAGCCCAUAUUUACGGCAAGUGGAUGCGCAACAUGAUCAACUUCUCGCUCGUCAUAUCCCAAAUUGGCUUCUCCUCCGCAUACAUUGUCUUCGUCUCCGAAAACAUGCAAGCCUUCGUCCUGGCCGUAUCGGACUGUAAGACGCACAUCCCGAUUGGACUCAUGAUCUUGAUGCAAAUGGUCGUAUUUCUCCCGCUUUCUCUCUACCGGAACAUCAACAACAUCCAGAAGCUUGCUCUUGUCGCCGACGUUUUCAUUCUCGCUGGCCUGGUCUAUCUGUACUACUACGACAUUCUAACCAUCGUCGGUCAAGGCGGUGUCUCGGAUAUCGCCUACUUUAACAAGAAUGACUGGACUCUGUUCAUCGGAACCGCCAUUUUCACCUUUGAAGGCAUCGGUCUUAUCAUCCCGAUUCAGACCGGCAUGAAGAACCCCCGGAAGUUUCCCGGUGUCCUUGGAUUUGUCAUGAUCAUCAUCACGGUCGUCUUCGUCAGUAUGGGCGCUCUUUCUUACGCGGCCUUCGGAUCGGAGACCAAGACGGUGAUCAUCUUGAACAUGCCACAGGACAAUAAGUUCGUCAACGGCGUGCAGUUCAUCUACUCGGUCGCUAUCCUUCUAUCGACACCGCUGCAGAUCUAUCCAGCCAUCGAAAUCACAAGCCAGCAGUUGUUCAGCAGAACGGGCAAGUACAACCCCUACGUCAAGUGGAAAAAGAACUUUUUCCGCUUUUUAAUGGUAGCGAUAUGUGCUCUGCUGGCAUGGGUGGGCGCGAACGACUUGGACAAGUUCGUCGCGCUUGUCGGAAGUUUUGCUUGCAUUCCGCUGGUGUAUAUCUAUCCGCCCAUGCUCCACUACAAGGCUAUUGCGCGCACCUCCCUGGCUCGUGGCGUAGACGUCGCUGUCUGCAUCCUCGGCUUCGUAGGCAUGGCCUAUACCACCGUCCUUACUGUGUCUAGCUGGAUAAACGGCGGGGCACCUAAAUCACGAGGGUACUGUGAUACCUGAUGAUCCUUUGCUGAUCAGCCCUUAUGUCGAUACAUCCGAUUUCUUUCAUGUAUUACUGCCAGCAUUCAGCGUCGGCCUGGGGAAGCAUCGUCUACUAGCCUAGCUAUUCCCUUUCCUUAGGUUAUCUCUGCUGAAGAGAUGUAGCAUAUGUCCGGCGAGUUGUUGGAUAUUGUUGAGCUUGUGCGGUGUUUUGAUUUUGCGCAUUUAGAAGCCAUGUAAAGAUUGUAGAACGAGAUAUAAGUACAGCACAGCAAGGCUCACGCCAUGAUGAAACAACCUC